AUGGAAGUCACCAAGGAAAAGGUUCAAGGGGUCUUGAACAAAUCUGCCCUCCGCUGUCGAGGCCCAGGAGGUGCCAUCGCCGUCGUCAAAGAUGGCGAGGUCAUCGGCCAGCGCGUCUGGGGAUUCGCCGACCUGGACCAACGGAUUCCCAUGACGGCUCAAACCCAGAUUCCCAUCUGUUCAAUUACUAAACAGUUUGUGUGUGCGUUGUUGAUUGACUUGGAACGCAACCCAACCCCGACAUUAGCUGCAAAGGGCGAUGUCCGGAAGCAGCUUUCAGAUCAUCUCACGGAAAUACUAAGCCCGGAGCUCACUUCUGACGGUGAACUGACAAUUGACCGGCUAUGCGACAUGCAAUCCGGUAUGCGCGACUACUGGGCUAUGACCACACUGUGGGGGUCUAAGCCCGACGACGAGUUCCUCAUUGAGAGAGACUGUGGUCCACUACUUGCCCGAACCAAGUCAUUCCAGUUCCAGCCGGGAACGGAAUAUUCCUACUGCAAUUUCAACUUCCACCUACUUGCCCGAGUAAUUGAGCGAGCUACCGGGGAGUCUCUGGACAAAUUGCUCGAAGAGCGAAUACUCCGACCGGCUGGUAUGAGCACGGCAUUCCUUUGCCCCAACACCGCACAUCACCCACCGCCCUGUGUCGGGUAUGAGGGCGACGAGCAGCAUGGUUUCACAGCGGCUAUCAACAGAAUGGAAUGGUCCGGUGAUGCCGGGCUAGUGGCUUCACUCACUGAUAUGAUCGCGUACGAGAAGUAUCUCGAUCGCUGCUGCUCUGAUCCACAAAGCUGGUAUCACGCUGCUAUAGCUACGCCGAAGUUCAAAGAUGGUACUCCUGCAACGUACCGUUAUGGGCUAAGUCACACUGACAUCGAUGGUGUGGACACGAUUGGACAUGGUGGAGCGUUGCGAGGGUAUCGGUUGCACCGACGACACGCGCCACGCGAGCGUUUGUCCGUCGUCAUUAUGCUUAACAGUGACUCGGGCACAUUCGCCCCCAACAUUGAUAUCUUCAGAGAUCUGUUGGGACUACCAAAGCCUGCAUCUACAUCUGUCCAGGCGGCAGAAUCUUGGGUUGGCGCGUUCCUUGAUCAGGAUACCCAGCUGGCGCUUGCCGUCACCAAGGGCGCACGGGAUGGAGAGGUGGCCAUCAGCUACGAUGGGUCUGCCGAGCCCAUUAAGCUUAGUGCACCGAAUCAUGGAAAGUCUGACUCGAUGGUUGCUACGAUUGAUGGAGAUUUGUUGAGUAUUCAUCGCGUGAGAGAUAACCGGAUGCUUAGUGCUCGGCGUAUUGUCCCGAAAGAAUCAAUCCUUAAGGAGACUUCAUUUCAAGGUAUCUACCACUGUGCCGAGAUUGAAUCUACCUUCCAUUGCCUUGGCCAGGAUGGGAUGCUAUACGGUGCGUUUGACGGGUAUUUGGGUCAAGGAAAUGCAACUCCCAUGAAAUAUCUGGGAGAUGAUGUCUGGGCUCUGACUUGUCCACGUGGUCUGGAUGCACCGGCUCCAGGAGAUUGGACUAUUGCCUUUUCUCGGGAUGAGCACGAUGCAAUCCAAGGGUUUACGAUUGGUUGUUGGUUGGCUAGGAAGAUUGAUUAUGUGAAGAAAGCCUGA